UGAUAGUACGUUAAUAUCAUAUUUUCCAUAUUAAUUGCAAGGAUCAAAAAUUUUAAAAAAAUCCAUCUUAUCAUUUCAAUAAAUUACUAACCGCAACUCAGUGAUUGUCACUGAGGUAUCAAUUUUUUUUAAAGUUAAAAAAUAUAUAUAAAUAUAUAUAUGAAGGAAAUAACAGUGUAUGUUCUGGGAAUUAUUUCUCUUGUCGGGAAUUUUUUCCAAACACAUGCAUAUUUGAAGAGAGAUGUACUUAAUCUCCGAACCGCAAUGAAUGAACUAAAUAGGAAAGGAGAGAAGCCAAAAUAUUUAAAUACAAAGUUUUGGUUCAAAACAGAAGAUGAUAUACCUACUAUUCGACAAAAACUAGCUAACAUGAUGCUAAACAAUAUUAAUGACACUGUCGAUCCGUGUGAUGAUUUCUAUCAAUUUGCAUGCGGAAAUUGGCUUGAGAACAACCCGCUUCCUAAGGAUAAAUAUAUGUUUGAUAAUUAUGAGAUCAUAUUAGAUGAAGUAAAUAGACUUUUAAAAAAUCGUCUUGAGCAACCAGUUUCAGAUAAUGAACCAAUGGCCUACACAAAAGUUAAAAAUCAUUAUAAAUCUUGUAUGAAUAAUGAAACAAUUGACUCUAUUGGAUCUAAGCCACUUCUCACCUUCCUUGAUUCAUUGGGUGGCUGGCCGUUGAUUAGCAAAAACUGGAAUGGUUCCAAUUUUGAUUGGAUUUCAUUAGCAAGCCAACUUGCCAAAUACCAAAAUGAAAUACUAAUUUUUUAUGACGUUAUUCCUAAUUUGAAAAACUCAAGCGAACAUAUACUACUAAUAGAAAAACCAUCGUUAUUUUUAAAAGAUACUAGCAUGUAUUUAUCGCCUUCAAAGGUAAAAUCAUUAGAAGCGUACAAAAGAUACAUUGUUGAAGUGGCAACACUACUAGGUGCGCAGGAAUAUGAAGUUACAAAGGCUGUGGAAGAUGUUGUACAGUUUGAAAUAAAUUUGGCUAAUAUAACUGAACCAGCAGAAAACAACAGAGUAAUGACUUUAGAGGAUAUAGAAAUGAAGUUUCCUGAUUUAAAACGAUUUAUUUCCAAUGUAUUUAAUUUAUCACAAAAUUCAAAUGUGGAAUUAAAUAAUUUACAUUAUUUUAAAGAGCUUGAAAAAUUAAUGAAAACAACGAAAACGAGUACAUUAGCCAAUUAUAUGCUAUGGAAAAUGAUAGUAAAUAUGUUGUAUUUUAUGGGUGAUAGAUUUAAAAAAGCAGAUGGAAAUUUUAUUAAUAAUGCUUAUGGGGUAGAAAGUUUGCCUGCAAGGUGGGAACAGUGCGUCGUACAAAUGUCUAAGGAUCUUGGGCUGGCUGUUGGUGCAAUGUUCGUACAAAAACAUUUCGAUGAAUUUUAUAAAAAAGAAGUAAUAUUGAUGAAUAAAUAUAUUCAACGAGCCUUUGGAGAAACAAUCGCUAAUAUUAGUUGGCUUGAUAAGGAAACAAAAGAUUUAACUAAAGAAAAAAUAAAUUCAAUUUUGUUCAGCAUCGGAUAUGAAGAUUUCAUAUUAGAGCAACAGAAAAUUGAUGAUUAUUACAAAGACAUUGACAUUCGUUUGGAGUAUUUUUUUGAGAAUAAAAUGAAUAUUUUAAAGGAUCGUAUGCGGAAGAUAAAAUCUAAAAUUGGUUUGCCAGUUAACAAAUCACUAUCGGUCCUGAACAUUCCGACAGGACUGAUUGCAAAUUUUAAUUACAGGCUGAAUUCAAUAGUACUUGCUGCAGUAAUGUUCCAGCCCCCCGCAUUUCAUAAGUAUUUUCCAAAAAGCAUCAACUACGGUGGAAUCGGAGUGGUAAUUGGUCAUGAGAUGAUACAUAGUUUUGAUAGCAAUGGUCGUCGUUAUGACAAAUAUGGAAAUUUAAAUCCUCAGUGGCCUGAUGAGGCUGUUAAAACUUUUACGGAAAAGACUCGAUGUUUUGUUGAGCAAUAUGAACAAAAUUUUGUGACAAAAAAGGAUACUCAAAAUAACGGAGAAUUAAAAUUGGGAGAAAAUAUUGCAGAUAACGGAGGGGUUAAACAAGCAUUUUUGGCAUAUCAAAUGUGGCUGCAAGCACAGCAAGACUUUAAUGAAACACUACCUGGAAUGAAUUAUACAUCGGGACAGUUAUUUUUCUUGAGUUUUGCACAACAGUAUUGCUCUGUAUUUAGACCUGCUGUAGGCGAAAUCGUACUUAACCAAGAUAGUCAUUCUCCAAACAAUUUCAGGGUAAUUGGAACAUUAAGUAACAGUGAUGAUUUUGCAAAAGAAUUUAAAUGCCCAAUUGGUUCUCGAAUGAAUCCAGUGAAAAAAUGUUCAUUAUGGUAAAUAAUAUGCUCAAUUUUGUAUUUACUACUAGUUGGUUUUGUAAGAUACCAAAUAAAUAAAAGUAUUUUAAUUUCU